CGAGCCCUUUCCGGGGGAAUGCAGGCGGCCGCGCGGGGCAUUGUGGGGCUUGUAGUUCCCGGUGGGGGCUGCGGAGCCAUGUGUGCCGCGCGGAGGGUCUCGCAGAGGCUGAGCGGAGCCCGAGCCACAAAUGAAACCUUCAGUACAGCAACCGUCUCUCCAAAGAGCCUCCAGAGGCGAAGGAAACUCCAUGUGGCAUACGAAGCACCAGCCAGCAGCGAUGGAGAGAAAUCAACCGAAACGGAGGCCAAGAAGCAGAAAUGGGAGCCGAAGAACUGGCAGCGGCAGCUGGACAACAUCCGGGAGAUGAGGAAGGCGAGAGAUGCCCCCGUGGACCAGAUGGGGGCGGAGAAAUGCUUCGACAGCGAGGCCCCUCCCAAGGUGAAGCGGUACCAGGUGCUCCUCUCGCUGAUGCUGUCCAGCCAGACGAAAGACCAGGUGACCUCGGUGGCCAUGAUGCGACUGAGGGAACACGGCCUGACCGUGGACAACAUUCUGGACAUGGACGAUGCAACUCUAGGCCAGCUCAUUUACCCCGUGGGGUUCUGGAAGAGCAAAGUGCACUACAUCAAGGAAACCUCGGCCAUCCUGAAGCGGGAUUACGGGGGUGACAUCCCGAAGACUGUGGCAGAGUUGGUGAAGCUGCCAGGGGUUGGACCCAAAAUGGCACAUUUAGCGAUGGCAAUUGCCUGGCAGAACAUCUCUGGAAUUGGCGUGGACACGCACGUGCACCGCAUUUCCAACAGGCUGAAGUGGGUGAAGAAGGAGACGAAGCUCCCGGAGGAGACCAGGCUGCAACUGGAAAACUGGCUGCCCAGGGAGCUCUGGAGCGAGAUCAACUGGAUCCUGGUUGGGUUUGGCCAACAGAUCUGCUUGCCCGUGAGCCCGCGAUGCGGCGGAUGCCUCAACCGAGACAUCUGCCCGGCUUCCAGGAAGUGCUGAGAAGCCAAACGCUUCCCUUGCCUGUUCCUGUCUGCCCUGUCAAACGUCUGUUGCUUGGGGGAGGAAGACCCCCGUGAAGGUGAGCCCCCUCCUCCUCGUGGACAAUGGCCUGGCCAGAGGGGUCAAAUCAAAUCCCAAAAUCUGUAGUUUCCCGCGUUCCCCUCCUAUGCGCUGGUGGGAGGGGACCAAUGGCAGCCAUCCUCCCAGAAGAGGACCAUAGAGAUGAUUCAGGGGUGGUGUCCCAGACUGUACUUGGAGGACUACUCUUUUAGCAAGGAGAUAUAUAAUACAGAAAGUGGUUUAAUGAAUAAAAGGCAUUAUUUUUCAAGCUCA